AUGUCGGUCAUGAUGAGUGGGUCUUCGAAAUCUACAAGCAGUGGUUUUUUUUCUGCAACAUCCAGUCUCACGCAGCCUAGGCAACCCCCGUCCACCGUGACACCUCCCACCUCUGUCGAUCCGAGUAGCUCUCCUGUGAGGAGCAGCUCUCCCGUGUUGCAGGACAGCUUUGACCCAACGGUCACCGACUUGCAUCAUAGCCCGCCCGCCCUUGCCUGUGACAAGGGUACCAAGUCCGUCAUAACCACGAAACCUAAGCGCCGUAAACGCUCUUAUGUCAACUAUACCUUGUCUCAAGGUGGCGACUGCGACGAGGAUCUCGAAAUACCCUCAAAGAGAUUCAAGACAUUGCAAACAACCUGGAAUUGCACCGACCAACCUUCCGAGACUUCAAUAUAUUUCAACGAACGCAUGCUUGAGCUUUCCCGUAUCACUCGCCAUGCUUUUUCCGCCAGAAUACGAUACCAACGCCUUCGUGAACAUGAACUGGACCUGAUAAAGUCCCUCCUGAAUGAUGAGAAAGAGCUAGUCCAAACACAUAUGCAAAAAAUCGAUCUGCAAAUUGGCUCUCUCCGAAACACACUCGAGGAUGCGGGAGUGACGGAGAUAGGGAACAAAGGAUGUAGGUUUGACCCUAGCGACCAUGUGGAUUGGUGUGAAAGUGAUUCUUCUAAAGAUGGAUCGAUUCUUUGUGAAUCUGAUGUUGGGGAGUCCGAGUCUGUCUCAGGCUGUACUUUAGAUUGA